AAAACAUCAUUUUCAGUAUUUAAUCAAUAAAAUGUAAAAAACCUUUAUAUUUUGUCAAAAUUUAGAUACCAAAAAAACUACCAAGAUGUCUUUGAAGGAAGCAGUUGGGAAACGCAUUAUAGAGGAAGUUAUCAAGCCACUACAUGAACCCAAGAAAUGGAAGGUGUUAAUACUGGAUAACUUAAGCCUUAGGAUUGUUUCAUCUUGUUGCAAAAUGAGUGAUAUUAUGAGUGAAGGGAUAACCAUUGUUGAAGGUCUUAAGAAAUCUAGAGAACCUUUGCCUGCACUGGAGGCUAUUUACAUUUUAACACCAAUAGCAGAGUCUAUUGAUCUCCUUAUGAAUGACUUCCGUGAGGAUGAACAAGUAAAGUACCCAGCUGCACAUGUUUUUUUUACUGAAGUUUGCAAUGAUGAGCUAAUUAGCAAGUUAGCAAACUCUUACACAGCAAAAUUUAUUAAAACCAUGAAGGAAAUCAACAUGGCCUUUAUUCCUUACGAGUCCCAGGUCUUUUCUUUGGAUACUCCACAAGUUGUUAACACAUUUUACUUGGAGUCUGAGCAACAUAUUGCUGAUAUUGAGAAAGUUGCAGAGCAGUUGGCAACACUUUGUUCAACACUAGGAGAGUACCCCUCCAUCCGGUUCAGAGCUACAUGUCCUGGUUUAGGAGAGUUAGCACAUGCUUUACAGAACAGGCUCACAGCAUACAAGGCGGAGGAUCCGUCAAUGGGAGAGGGUUCUCAAAAACACCGUUCCCAAUUUCUACUUCUGGACAGAGGAUUUGACCCCGUCGCACCCUUGCUUCACGAACUCACCUUUCAGGCAAUGGCGUACGAUCUUUUGGACAUAAAAAAUGACGUUUUCACGUUUAUGUCUGGAGAUGAUGAGAAGUCUGUUGUGCUUGAUGAAUCGGAUAAACUUUGGGUUGAACUACGACAUAAACACAUCGCAGAUGUUUCCACCAAAGUGCCAGAAAAAGUAAAGAAGUUUGCAACGUCUAACAAGCUUAGUAAAGCAGGCGACAAGGCUGACAUGAGGGAUUUGAAACAAAUGCUGAAGCGGUUACCUCAAUAUCAGAAGGAGAUGAGCGGUCUGAACGUACAUUUCAUGUUGACAGAAGAAUGUAUGAAAAAAUACAAAAAGACUGCAGAAAAGAUAUGUCCCGUUGAACAGGACCUUGCAACUGGUGUUGAUAAUCUUGGCGAAAAAAUCAAAGAUCCAUUGAAGAAUAUCAAUCCGUUGUUGCUAGACAGUGGUGUGAGUGUCGCAGAUAAAAUCAGAAUAAUUCUUCUCUACAUCAUUGCAAAAGAUGGUAUCAGUGAGGAAAAUUUGCUUAAACUUUGCCAACAUGCUCAGAUUCCAUAUCGUGAACAGCAAAUUAUCCAUAACAUGGCCAAUAUUGGAGUCCUGAUUAAAGAAGGGAAUAUGAAGAAGAAGUCAAAACCUGAAAGGAAAGAAAGACCUCCUGAGACGUACCAGCUUUCAAGAUAUGUUCCAUUUGUUAAAGACUUGAUGGAGGAUUCCUUGCUAGAAAAGUUGAAUGAAAAGAUGUUCAAUUAUAUUCCAGUGGCAAGAGGAAGUGUUUCUUCCGGUUACAGCAGUGGCGUUGGGAAAAGCGCUCGUUAUGGCCAGUGGCAUAAGGGUCAGCAAAAUACGAGAAGUUGUCCUCGAUUGAUUGUGUUCAUCAUGGGGGGUGUCACAUAUUCAGAAAUGCGCACUGCUUAUGAGGUAAAAGCUGCGAACAAAGACUGGGACAUCAUUAUAGGUUCAACUCAUUUAAUCAGACCAGAAGACUUUCUCUCGAUGCUGCAGACACUGUCCGCAUAAGUGGACGACAUAAGGGCCAUAUAAUGCCAUUACUUAAUUGUACAAUAUUCGUAUUAUAACAUUCUCUGGGUGUUUAAUUCUUUCGUCAAUGAGGCAUUUUUUGGUAAACUUAUUUUAAAAACUGGAAAAACAAUAGCAAAUCAAAACGACAUUGUAAGUGUGUAACCACAGUAAAAUCAUAUUACUUUUUGUCAACGUUACGAAGAUUUAUUCUCUUGGUUCUCAGAUAUAUAGGUUUCGUCCUGAUGACAUGCACGGCUCUCCAGGCUGAUUGCUGGAAUAAACACUGCAGUGUAUCAAAAAAUGGUUUCAAUAAAUGUGCUAAACCUGUUUUUACUUUGUUUGCCACCGCCUCAUCCGUUUACUACGGUGGCCCGUACGUGCAAUUCAAUUCAUAAAACAAUUUAUUAGUGCAUAAACAAGUACCCUAAUACUCAUUACAUUAAUACUACUUACCCUAUUUAAAAUAAAAUCCUCUCCAAAGCUAAGCUAUUUUGUACUCAAUGCAAACCUAAAAUAUCGAAAU